UACUUCCACUCGUGCCGCGCCCUCCUCCUCCUGUCCUGCUCCACCGCUCAUUGGCACCAGCGCAGCAGCGCAUCUCUCGCUCGUCGUUGGUCCUUGUCAACGAUCUCGCCGCUUCCAUGGCCGCCAAACCUGCAGAGACGACAGGUGGUAAGGGGAGUGUUAUUCUUGUACCAUGCCAUAUAUAUAUUAUUCAUGAUCUGUGGCGUACUCAUCUCUUUGAUUUGCUGCUGGGGACUGGACCAGGGACAGGGAGCAACAAAGCUGAGUCCUCCUUCUCCUCCUCCAUGGCGGUGGCGGCCGACGUUUACAAAGGCGAGCUGACGCCGCUGCAGCGGCACGUCGCCUUCUUCGACCGGAACAAGGACGGCGUCAUCUACCCCGCCGAGACAUACCAAGGGUUCCGCGCGAUCGGGGCCGGCGUCACGUUGUCUGCCUUCAGCUCCGUCUUCAUCAACGGCCUCCUUGGACCCAAGACCAUACCGGAGAACGAGAAGGCUCCAGCUUUCAAGCUCCCCAUCUACGUGAAGAACAUCCAAAAAGGAAAGCACGGAAGUGAUUCGGGCGUGUACGAUGCCAAUGGAAGGUUCGUUGCUGAAAAAUUUGAGGAGAUCUUCAAGAAGCAUGCCCACACUAGGCCAGACGCCCUGACAGGCAAAGAGCUGAAGGAGCUGCUCAAAGCAAACAGGGAGCCUAAUGACUUCAAAGGAUGGCUGGGUGGUUUCACAGAGUGGAAGAUGCUUUACUCCCUCUGCAAAGAUGAAAAAGGGUUUCUUCACAAGGACACUGUCAGGGCUGUCUACGAUGGCAGCCUGUUUGAAAUGUUGGAACGCGAGAGGAACGCUAAGGAGUCUACUAAGACGAAAUGAGAAGAGCAUCGUCUUGCACCCGUUCGUGUGGUCGGUAGUAGAAUUUGUAAAUUGCGGUGUGCUGUGUGCAUGUGGACCAGAAAAAUAGUACACUAGUUUGAUUAUGUACGUCAUUAGAUGCAUAUAUGUUUAUUUAUAUUUAUGGAGCAAGAGAUUUCUUAUAAA